AUGGCAUCAGUUACCCCUACAAAUGUCAGCAUGGCAGUGUUUGCCCUGGGCGGCUUUCCUGGACUGGAGACAGCUCAUGGCUGGAUUGGCAUCCCUGUCUUCUCUGCCUAUUUGGUUGCCAUGCUGGGCAACUGCACCAUCCUCUACAUCAUCUGGGUGGAGCCAAGCUUGCAUCGGCCCAUGUAUCAGUUCUUGGCUAUGCUGGCUGCCGCCGACCUGGGCCUCUGUGUUGUCACAGUACCCACAGUGCUGGGUGUCCUCUGGUCCCGACUAAGGCAGAUCACCAGUCAAGCUUGCGUUGCCCAACUCUACUUCCUUCACUCCUUGCCUCUCAUGGAGUCAGCUGUGCUCUUUGCCAUGGCGAUGGACCGCUUCCUGGCUAUCAGCUCCCCACUGAGGUACUCUGAGCUGCUGAGCACCACAGUCAAACAAAUUGGCCUUGCCCUCCUUAUGAGGAGCACACUUAUCAUAGUGCCCCCUUUUUAUUUCCUUGCAAAGUUCCCCUACUGUCCAGCUGCGAGAUUGUCCCACUCCUACUGUCUGCACCAGGACCUGAUUCGCUUGGCUUGCAGUGACACCACCUUCAACAACAUUUAUGGCCUCAGCAUGAUCCUCCUCACCAUGGGCUGCGACCUCCUCUUCAUUCUGAUUUCCUACAGCCUAAUCCUGAAGGCAGUCCUGGGCAUGGUCUCCAGUGGCCGCAGCCCUCUCAAGGCCCUGAGCACCUGUGUCUCGCACAUCUGUGCUGUCCUGGUCUUCUACAUCCCUGUGCUUGGCCUGUCUGUUGUGCACCGGUUUGGGCAGCAUGCGCCUCCCCUCCUCCACGUCCUCAUGGGCAAUGUCUACAUCCUCUUCCCGCCCCUUAUGAAUCCCCUAAUUUACAGCAUCAAAACAAAGGAGAUCUCUAGCCGGCUCCUCCGAAUGCUCAGGAACCUCUGGAAGAUUUAG